CGUUUGAUCGAGGGCGGGUUCCGUGGGCAACGACGCUGUGGGGGGCGGACUUCACGGCUGGUGCGGUUCGAGCCGAAAGGAGACGGGCACGAUGGCGGAGACGGCGGUGGACAAGACGGGAGGAGCGGGCGAGACGGACGAGAAGGUGGCAGGAGGGACGACAUCGGAGCAACGCGCUGACAGCCCCGGGGCGAGCGAAGAUGCCGCGUACAGCUUGGAGCAGAUCGAGAUGCUCACCGUCGUUGGAACGGGCACGUUUGGCCGCGUGCUGCUCGUGCGCCACAGGCACAGCGCGGCGUUCUACGCGCUCAAGGUGAUGAGCAUCGCGGACGUGCUGCGGCUCAAGCAGGAGCGACACGUCCAGAGCGAGAAGGACAUCCUUCGCGACGUGCAGCCCCACCCGUUCAUCAUCCAGCUGUUCUGGACCCACCAUGACGAGCGUUUCCUCUACAUGCUCAUGGAGUUCGUGUCGGGCGGGGAGCUCUUCUCCUACCUGCGCACGGACGGGCGCUUCGCGGCGUCGCGCGCCGCUUUCUUCGCCGCCGAGAUCACGUGCGCGCUCGCCUACCUGCACUCGCGCGCCGUCGUCUACCGCGACCUCAAGCCCGAAAACGUGCUGCUCGACCGCGACGGGCACGUCAAGCUCACCGACUUCGGCUUCGCCAAGAUCCUCCAGGACAGGCGAGUGGCGACCUGGACGAUGUGCGGCACCCCGGAGUACCUGGCCCCCGAGAUCAUUCAGAGCAAGGGCUACGGGAAGGGUGUGGACUGGUGGGCGCUUGGAGUGCUCAUCUUCGAGAUGCUGUGCGGGUACCCCCCGUUUUACGACGAGGUGCCCAUCAACAUCUACAAGAAGAUCUUGGACGGCAAAGUGGAGUUCCCAAGACAGCCCCAGCUGGACCUUUUCUCGAAGGACCUGAUUAAGAAGCUCCUGGCUUCGGACCGCACGAGACGACUGGGCAACAUGAAGGAUGGGGCGGAAGAUGUUAAGAGGCACCGGUGGUUUAAACACAUCGACUGGGCGCUGGUUCCACAGCGCAAGCUGAAGCCUCCCAUAAUCCCCAAGGUGUCGCACGCCGGGGACAUUUCCAACUUCGAGUCGUACCCCGAGGAGGACUGGAAGGACGCCGCCGUCAUCCCGGCGAAGGACAGAGAGCCGUUCCGCGACUUCUGACAACGCUCGCCGCCGUCUCUUUUGGGAUUUUACUUUUUUUCUUUCGCCCGACGCGGUUUUCGAACGGCGGUCGAAAUCAACGUGCGGCGAAACGUCGCGUAUAUAUGAUGUCCGACUGGCAAUGUGACUGCGGUACAGCAUGUUCAAACGGCCGGAUGUGUGCACAUCCACGGAAAAUGACGGUUACCGUCAAGCAGGGGGUGCCACGGUGGCGAGAUGUUAACUACCUCGCCUGGUAUACUGGACGUCGUGUGUUGAAUCCUGACCACCGACACCUGUAUAUUUGGAGUUUGCAUGUUCUCCCUCCUCGUGGUCACGGGGAUUUUUCUCCGGGUCCUCCGGUUUUUCAACGUGCGUUUCGAGUAUUUGGCUGCUGUACAUUUCCAUGUGAUAAGCCACUUCGUUGGGCUAUCGUUUGUGGCCACGGUGCUUCUGAAAAAGAGCUUCAUAGCUCAGUGGGCCUUACCUGCUAAAACAAAAAUACCAGCUUGAGCUAAGGUCCUAAUCGGCACGAACAGCUCAUGAAUCUAAAACAGCACCACCAAAUGUCACUUAAACGAUCAACUUGCCUACCAACUUAAUUAUUUUACACAGCCAUGAAACACAACACCAUUUACAUCUGUCUAUAUAGCGUCUAAAUGCAACCGUCUAUCUCCAGAAGCUCCAACGCACGUGCAAACAAAUUGAGUGGGAAAUCUUAAGUCUUGACUCGAACAAGGGCAGCAGCAGCUGAGUCUCGCGAAGGCGAUUUCAAGACACGGAGAGCAUUCCAGACGGCCGCCUGAAGUGGUGCAGCCGAGAACGGAGGCGACCUCCUCACCCACGUGGCAACGACGAAGGUCGAUGGCGCGUGGGAGGCGUUGUCGGAUGGAGGAGGCCCUCCUCGUGCGCAGAGUGAAGUGAGACGUCAAUAGGUGCCGUCGCUUGUGUGGCAUUACAACAUUGGGGUUGUCAGUGUGGAUGCCACCCACAGCUGUGUUGCGGUCAGGCGGCCCUCCACCCGAAUGGGCUGGCACUCUACCGCAGCAUGUGACGCACUACUUUUAUCGUGGGUUAAAUUCAGGUGCACACUGGACUUUGGAGGCAACACUAUUUAUUAGCUAACACAACAGGUCACACUUAACAUAACGACUUAAGGGGGUAGCCACCGUUCCUAACUUAGCUAACCUACGGGGGGAACUACAUCACUGGACCAGGACAGCCCAACACGCUGCCUGGUCCACUAGCGGAGACCAGAGAGCUUCAUCACAGAGAUGACCCAGCAGAACAGCCCAGCACAGCCCAGAACAGCCCCGCUCUACGUCCACGCCCUGCUCAUGACCACUCCGGCGUGGCUCCGCGCCAGGCCCCGCUCCCGAUCCUUAGAUCAGGAAGGCCCGAACCCCAACCACGUGACCCCCCCUGGGGCCCCUGGCCCCCCUUUAUCCGGUCACGUAUCCUGUUGGGUUCACGUAAAGUGUCACGGCCUGACACGACCCCCGUGACACCUGCCUACAAGCCCCCAUAUCGAACCAAUAGAGUCGUGUCGU